AUGUUUUCCAGGGAAGAAAAGGGGGACAACACUCUGCGCAUACUUGUGGCGACGGAUUGUCACCUUGGCUACCUUGAGAAGGACGAGGUGCGCAGAUUUGACUCCUUCGACACAUUUGAAGAGAUAUGUUCAUUGGCUGUAAAAAACAAGGUGGAUUUCCUACUCCUUUGUGGCAAUUUGUUUCAUGAGAACAAGCCUUCCAAUUCGACAUUGGUGAAGGCCAUUGAGAUCCUGCGGCGCUAUUGCAUGAACGACUGCCCAGUACAGUUUCAGGUGAUUAGUGAUCAAGCAGCCAGCCUCCAGAACAGGUUUGGUCAAGUGAAUUAUGAAGACCCAAACUACAACAUUGGCUUGCUCGUGUUCACCAUACAUGGAAACCAAGAUGAUCCUACUGGAGUUGAUAACCUGUCAGUAAACGAUAUAUUGACAGCAGGAAAUCUUUUGAAUUAUUUUGGCAAGACAGAUCUUGGAUGCACCGGCGUUGGCAAAGUAACAAUUUAUCCAGUAUUUAUCAGAAAGGGUGAAACUUAUAUUGCCCUAUAUGGACUUGGCAACAUUAAGGAUGGGAGACUCAAGAGAAUGUUACAUGAACCUGAUGCGGUUAACUGGAUGCAACCUGAAAUCCAAGAUGAGACACUGGCCCCUGACUGGUUCAACAUCUUGGUCCUUCACCAAAAGAGGACACGCGGAAGUCCUAGAGAUGCCAUAAGUGAGUUCCUCUUGCCACGUUUUGUGGACUUGGUAAUUUGGGGCCAUGAGCAUGAAUGUCUGAUUGAUCCUCAGGAGGUUCCUGGAAUGGGUUUCCAUAUCACCCAACCAGGCUCCUCAAUUGCUACCUCACUGAUCAAUGCUGAAGCAAAGCCAAAGCAUGUGCUCUUGUUGGAAAUCAAGGGGAGAGAGUACAGGUCAACCAAAAUACCUCUGCAGUCUGUUAGACCUUUUGAGUAUGCAGAGGUUGUACUGGAGGACCAGAUUGAUGUUGAUCCUCGUGAUGAAGCAACUAUUCGUGAGCAUUUGCACAAAGUUGUGAACAACCUUAUUGAGAAGAGUAGGCAAGGAGCACCCACUGGAUCAAAGCCUAUGCUUCCAUUAGUUAGAAUAAAGGUCGAUUACACUGGGUAUUCAAUGAUAAAUUCAAAGCAAUUUGGUCAACACUAUGUGGGCAAGGUUGCAAACCCACAAGACAUCCUUCUUCUUACAAGAUCAAGGCAAAGGCAUCAAACUAUGCAAGAAAGCUGCAACAUUUCUGAAGAGCUUUGUCCAAAUGACCUCAACCAGGUGACGGUUGAAGCACUUAUUGCAGACAGUAACUUGAAACUGGAGAUCCUUUCUGUAGAUGAGUUGAACAGUGCAGUCAAUAAUUUUGUCAAGGAGGACGACAAGACGGCAUUUCACGCUUGCGUGCAGCAAAACAUUGAGGAAGCGAUAGAAAAGGAAAGCCAAUCCAAGUCCAAGGAAAGAACAAGCUCCCAGAAUCUGCAGACUGAUACAGUCAUCGUGUUUGAGAAGCAGAAGUGCUCGACGACAACAGAGGAGGAGCAGCAGACCAUUGACUCGGAUGACGAUGAACCCAUCGAAUCUUCAGACCCGGAGGAGAGUGGUAGCCAGCAGGCAGGAAAGAAGAGGCGAGCGGCUCCAGGCGGCGGCGGUGGAUCUGCGGCUGCCGGUGGGAGGAGGAAGACGGACCUGGCUUCCUUCCAGAGGGUUCCGACGAAGGAAGACGACGCCGACACGGCCAAGAAACGCCGGGCUCCCGUUGCCGCCGGGAGGUACGGGGCUGUGAUCAGGAGGAAUUGA